UGGCGGGCAGUAUAGACGUACCCUUACUUCCUUUGUGGCAUUGGUCAGAUCACUUAUGUUUUGUGACUCAAUUUCCUUAUCUGUAAAAUGGAGAUAAUGAUGAUUAUAAUGCACACUUAUUAUACCCACCCAACAGGGAUUUUGUGUUGAUGAAUCAGUUAACGUUUCCAAAAUGCAAUAUAAAAAUUAAGUUUUGCCAACACAUGAAGAUUGGGGAAGACAUGGGAGAGAGACGUGGAAACAGAAGUGGCAGAGAAAUGGCACUCUGGAGCAAAGAACGUGGAAAAUAUCCCAUGCAUCAUUCUCUGGAAUACGGGUGCUGCAGAGACUAACCCAAAUGGCAUCCGCUUGAAUUGGAACAAACCUUCUGGAGUGAUGAAAGCUGUGUACUUGCGGGAUUCUUCCAUUAAGGGGAUCUGGAGGAAAGGAGUUGUUGAUCCUAUAACAUGGAGGAUUGCCUUCAUACCUCUUCUGAAAACCUUUCCAAACUGGUCAGUUGGGCCCACAGCCAUGGGACCAUCUGCAGCCUCAUUCCAAAUCUAAAGCACUUGCUUUCUGAAGGUUCCCAUGGCAACCUGACAGCUAUGUGGGGCUGUAGCGCAGGCCAUGCAUAUCAUUGGCCACUGACUGCUACCUGCAGGGCUGGGUCUCAGGAAAGAGUAUGUUUCCAGGACAACAGAAGCUUCAACUCAGACAGUCCCAGCAUCAUAGGUGUGCCCUCGGAGACACAGACUAGCCCAGUAGAGAGGUACCCUGGGAGACCAGUGAAAGCAAAAUUGGAUUGUAACAGAACCAGGGACUCCUGUGAUUUCUCUUACUGCAGUGAGCCUUCAGAGCUAGAUGAAGCCGUGGAAGAAUACGAAGAUGAGGCUACCCUCUUUGACAUGGUCUGCGAGUCCUCGGUGACAGAUGAAGAUAGUGACUUUGAACCUCAUACCCAAAGAUCUCAAACCAUUUCCCGCAAAAGGCCUGGAGCGGGCCAAUCCUCAUCAUCUCUUUCAGGCUCCCAGUCUCAGGUCAUCGAUGAAAGUAGUAACAAUGUGAUCGUCAAAAAGAUUAAGCAAGAAAUCCCUGAAGAUUAUUAUAUUGUGGCUAAUGCAGAACUUACUGGUGGCAUUGAUGGGCCUGCAUUAUCGCUGACGCAGAUGUCAAAGCCCAAGCCUCAAACUCAUGCUGGACCUUCCUAUAUUGGCCCUUCUAAGCCCACCCCUCCUGUAGCGCCUUCUCUCAGUGCUGAGCUAGACUUACAAAAUGUGUCUGCUUCUCCCCCCGUCAUAUCGAGGCCUGCAGUUCAGAAGCCUGCAAGAGUAACUCUGGCUUCUCCAAACAGAGGACCAGCUAGCACCCCUACAGCCAACCAACAGGUAGCGCUCCAGAUGCCAGUCAGUACUUCCAAUACCAGCAAACAGAUUAGCAUUCCUUUAUCAGCCCUGCAGCUCCCUGGACAAGAAGAGCAAGCUGCUUCAGAAGACCUUCUCCAACCCGUGCCAAAUCAGGUUCCUGCUGGCGAAGUAGCAUUAUCUCCUUCAAUUAGUGCGGAGCCGGAAGUCAGCUCUAGUCAGCAACAACCUAACACUACUCCUAUCAUCACUGCGGAGGCAACAGCACAGUCAAUACCAGACCAGGAUGAGAGAGCAGCGGAACUCAGCAGGGAGCAGAAUGAGAAAACCAUUCGCAGCACUCAGACGGCUCUCCGUAACUUCAGAGAGUUUCUCAUCUCCAAAUAUCCCUCAGAAACCCGGGAAAUCUAUGUCAUCCCUUGCAAAGAGCUCGAUGCAUACCUAGCUUCCUUCUUUGUGGAUGCCAGACAGAAGGAUGGCUCAGAAUAUGAGCCAAACAGCUUGGCCAACUAUCAGUGCGGGCUGGAGCGCUAUCUCAAAGAACACAGGUAUGGAUACAGUAUUACAAGGGAUAAGGAGUUCAAGAGAUCUCAAGAAGCUUUGAAGCAAAAGCAGAUAGAGCUGAGGUGUAAAGGUAAAGGAAACAAGCCACACAAAUCCAUGAAGCUGACCUUUGCUGAUGAGCUUAUCCUACGCAAAAGAGGCUUGUUGAGUCGAUAUAAUCCCGAGGGGCUGCUGAACCUUGUCUGGCUAAAUAAUACUAAGGCGUUUGGACACUGUACAGGUUUUCAUGGGUCCACCCUCAAAUGGGGGGAUAUCAGACUCAGGGUGACAGAAACAGGCUUGGAAUACUUGGAGUGGAUGGGGCAAGAGACUGGGGAUAUGAAUGCCAAAACCAAGAGAGGAGGGACUGAUUCCAGAGUCUAUGCCACCCAGCAUGCUCCACAGACCUGCCCAGUGCAAGACUACAAGGAGUACGCUCAAAGACGGCCCCCUGCCAUGCGAUACGAAGAUGCUCCUUUCUACCUGUCCAUCAAGCCGGUUGUCAACUUGGCUGCACUUCAUUGGUACAACUGUCAAGCCCUGGGGAAAAACAAGCUUGCAAAGAUGGUAAAGACGAUGUGCGAGAAGGGCAACAUCCCUGGCAGAAAGACCAACUUCAGCGUCUACCAGAGCUGCAGCACCCUGUCCGAAGCACAGAGUAACCAGCUGGUGCUAAUCUGUAACAAUUUAAGUCAACAAGCUGCCCAGUCUAUGGCAAGCCACUCCAGUUCUGGCAACUUCAUAGUGUCGGCGUCUUAUGACUCUUCCUCCGACACGGCCUGAAAGGUGGAUUUCAAUUGAACAGUUUUUUGUUAAGCUCUGAAUUUAUGCCCAAUAAUACACAUCAACUGUGAUUGUACACUAUUCCCCACACCUUCCCAGUGUUAAUUCACUUUAUAAAAAAUAUAAAUAUAUAAUAUAUUUUUCUUUUUACAAAUAAGUCGAUAGAAAUAGUUUAGUAUUACUAACAUAGUAUUUAUAGUGUUUAAUACAAAAAUGAAAGCUACUUAUGGGUUAUAAUAUAAUUGCAGAUUUUACAAGGGCAAAAUGGUUCUCAGGCAACACAAGAGAGACUGGAAAUACAGUUUUUAACAGGCAUGCAAACAAUGAGUGUAAAUCCCCAUGGAGGCUUACAUCUCAAAUCUGUUUUAAAUCGUUUUGUAAAGCUUCUUAUUUUAACAACAUGAUCUCCAAGGUAGAGGGAGACAAACUUAUCACGGGCUACCUGAAACCUUGUACUUGUUCAGCCAGACCAGGAAAUAAGAGAUGUAUCAGUGUAAGCUUGUGAAAUCAUUUAGAGCAGUUUUUGUUUUCUUAUCGUUGUGGUCCCUGAGACUCAUUUACGCCAGCCGGAAAAAUAUAUAAUAUUCCUACACAAAGUCCACUGAAGACUAUUUUUAACUAUUUUUUGUUGUUGAUUUUCUGUGAUCAAAAAUGUCGCCGGUCUUUAGACUAUGAAAUAUUGUUUUGACCAAUAUGCAAAGGUGUAAUGGCAAAAAGACUGUUAUACAAAUAAUCUUUACUGUUUCAAACUAAGCACUGGUCAUUAGUAUUUUGUUUUAUGUCAUCCAUGGAAAUGCAGCGUGAGCUUCUACUAAAUUAGAAUUUCAGCUACUCUUUCAAUUGUCCAGGGAAUGCAACAGUGCUGAAAAAUCAGAAAUCUUUUCCCAAGCCAUAAAAAUAGACUACGGAUAAAUCAACUGUGUCUUCAAUUGUCAUUCAAAAUCCAUAGGAGGUAUAAUGGACAAUUUAAAUCAUUUUUAUAUUUAAUAUGUGGGGGGGAACUAAAUUCUUAAAAUACUAGAAAACACAAUGAGCUAAAUUCAGCUAACACACAAUUCCCAUUAAAGACAAUAUGUGUGAAUAUUAGGGUGACAAUAUGUCCCGAUUUUAUUGGGACAGUCCUGAUUUUUGGGGCUUUGUUGUAU